UCCAUGGCUCCAUUGCAUAGAUCAACAGCUGCACCUCAACCUGAUCAUCAACUGCAGAUCCAGCACUUCACACAUCAACACCUGCUUCAGAAACUCUUCAUGGGAUCUCAAUUCAACUGUGACGGCUGCAAAACCACUGGAUUUGGUCUUAGAUACCGAUGCUCUGCCUGCGAUUUUGAUCUCCAUCAACAAUGCGCCACCUCCCCCCACCGUAUCUCCUCCCACCACCUCCACCCCCAUGAGCUCUUCCUUGUCAACCGCCCUGGGAAUUCACACUUCUGCGAUGUCUGCAAAGGCUUCACAGACGGCCUUAGCUAUACCUGUCACUCUCAGACGUGUGAGUUUGACGUCCACCCUCUUUGUACCCAGAUCCCAGUGGCUACCGGAAUCCCGUCUGUGACUUUGAAUCCUUGUCCGCAGCAUCCAUCUAUGACGCCGCCUUCUGGUGAUUAUCAUGGCAACCAACCCGUGAUGAUCAACCACCAACACAAGCAGCAACAGCAGCAAGGGAUGCCUACGAUCAACCAUCAAUACAAACAGCAGCAGCAAGGGAUGCCUACCGCGGCGUUUGCUGGUUAUAAUAACCAACCUGUGAUAAUCAACAACCAAUAUCAGCAGCAGCAGCAGAAGCAAGGGAUGGCGUUUGGUGGUUAUAAUGGAGCAAAUAAUAAUCAACAGGUGAUGAUCAACCACCAAUACCAGCAGCAGCAGCAGCAGCAGCAGCAGCAGCAGCAGCAAGGGAUGGGUUUUGGUGGUUAUAAUGGAGUGAUCAAUAAUAAUCAACCUAUGAUGAUGAAUCAGCAGCAGCAACAACAAGGGAGGACUAAUAAUUACUCCAAGGUGGGGAAGCUUGCUGCUAAUAUUCUUAUGACUUCACUCAUUGGGGUUCCAUUAAAUUUUAACUCCAAAAAUUGAUCAGCCUUCAGUUUCCGAUGGCUAUAUUGGUUUGACGACAAGUGUUUUCCGGUAACCCUGAAUCAGCUAUCGUAAAGCUACAUUCAAUUUGUAACAAGUUUCAUGGUUCUUUGGGGGUUGGUGCUUAUCAAUGAACCCAGCUUUGCAUUCUAUUUAAACCUUUUUUCCUACUGAUUAUCUAAUGGAGGUAUAUAAGAGGUGGUGUGAU